GCAGACGUCUCUUAUUUGAGUGUUUUUGGAACUAAUAAGAAAUUCUUGCGUGUCAAUCAUAUUAAAAAGAUGAAAAACAAAUAAUAAAAUAAAAGAAAAAAUAGAAUGCUGAGGUCGUGAUGGACAGAUUCUCUCUUUUCCGAUCGACAAUUCUCUCUUUUUUGAUCCACAAUUCGGGUGAAAGCUUAAAAUUCGAGCAAGUUAACUGCAUAAUUCCAACUCUGAUCAUCAUCAUAUCAUGUCUUUCUCCUUCUUCAAGCCAUCUGAAAUCGAGAUCGUGAUGGAAACUGUCGGAAUCUGCGGAUCUGGAAGCAGAAGAUGGUUCAAAUGGGAGCCGUGAUCGAGGAAGAUCGGUUAAGGAAGAAAGUCACGCAUGUUGUCGCCAUGAAUCCCGAAGCUCUUCUCGAUAAAUAUGGGAAAGAGCCUUUGUCGCUUUUCAAAAGGAUUUGUUGCGUCCGCAGAUUGUGCUGGAGCUUUGGAUAUAAUUGACCAUCUCCAGAACUUGUUGCUGCAAGUGCCAUGUUUCACUUGGUCUGCAAGACUGCAACUUGCAAAUCAUUCACUUUGAAGAUUCUUCACAGGGAGUUGGAAAUCUCCCUUUUCAUCUACGAUCACAUAUGUUUGCGCCAUUACCUCCGUGUUGGGUCUUCCCAUUAGACAACACAUCAGUUGCAGAUGUAUCCACAAGGAAGGAUGUCUUAUCGACAAAUGCUGGAUUUGUAUGCUGGAUUUAUGCUGGAUUUGUGUCGAAGGAAAUGAUUCAGACCCCUGUACCAGUAUCCGAUAAUAAAUCUCUGCUUUUGAUUGCUCCAAAGUGUUACUUCUAAAAAACUUAUCUCUCAUCAAUACUUUUUAAAAUAUAAUUUUUUUUUAAUUCUUAGAAACCCUUAAUAAGAUUCUACCAAUGGAAGAGAAAAAAUGAAAAGUCUUUUAGCAAAGUUCUUAAAAUAGAAUGAUGGAAAAUUUAAAUUUAAAAAGUUAUUAAGAAACUCAUUUGAGGUUCACCAAUGGAGAUGGUUAACUAUAUAAUGUUACUAUAUCAAAAGGUACAUAUUAUUUCACACAUAAAAUCGAAAAGGUUAUAAACAGGAUAUAAAAAUGAGCGGCUCCACAUUGAUUAUGUCUAAACAGAUGUAAACACAUUGAUAUAGUCACCUACCUAAUAUCUAAGCUUUAACUUUGAGUUGUCAAAAACAGUUAGAAGUAGAACGAUCGCUUUGAUUUUAGGUGAGAUUAGUGUUCCCCUAUUAACACUAUACAUUAAAUAAGCCGAGGGAGACUGGCUCUUUUUUAUAAUCCCUAUUGUACCCUUUACAUUCGCUUUCCUCACAAGAAACCCAACAACACCCUAAUAUAUCCCUCCCUGCUCAGUGCUCAGUCUACGCUUUCUCCAUCGCUUCUCUGUCUUUGUUCUCACUGAAAAAAUAUGGACAACACUGAACCAUCCUCUAAUGGAAGUAACCCGACCCAGACGGAAUCGAAGAAAAAGAUGAACAAGGAUUCAGUUUCAUUGAUGGGUUUGUUUAGCGCAGCAGACAAAGUUGAUUACUUUCUCAUGUUCCUAGGAGGUUUAGGCGCGUGUAUUCAUGGCGGUACGCUUCCCCUCUUCUUCGUAUUCUUUGGGGAAAUGCUAGAUUCUCUUGGCAAUCUUUCUACAGAUCCUAAAGCCAUAUCUUCCCGCGUUUCUCAGAAUGCUCUGCACUUAGUCUACUUAGGACUGGCCACUUUCGUAUCAGCCUGGAUCGGAGUUGCUUGUUGGAUGCAAACAGGAGAAAGACAAACAGCUCGGUUGCGUAUUGAUUAUCUCAAAUCAAUCUUGGCAAAAGACAUUACUUUCUUCGAUACAGAAGCUAGAGAUUCAAAUCUCAUUUUCCGCAUCUCAAGCGAUGCUAUCUUGGUUCAAGAUGCAAUUGGCGAUAAGACAGACCAUGUAUUGCGGUAUCUAUCUCAGUUCAUCGCCGGAUUUGUCGUCGCCUUUUUGUCGGUAUGGCAACUUACGCUGCUCACGUUAGCAGUGGUUCCAUUGAUAGCGAUUGCAGGAGGAGGGUAUGCUAUUGUCAUGUCCACAAUCUCAGAGAAGAGUGAAGCUGCUUAUGCUGAUGCAGGGAAAGUUGCAGAAGAGGUUAUGUCACAGGUUAGAACAGUGUAUGCAUUUGUAGGAGAAGACAAAGCUGUGAAAUCUUACUCAAAUUCUCUCAAGAAAGCUUUGAAACUCGGUAAAAGGGGAGGUCUUGCCAAAGGCUUAGGAGUUGGAUUAACAUAUAGCCUCUUGUUCUGUGCUUGGGCUUUGCUUCUGUGGUACGCUAGUCUUCUUGUGCGCCACGGCAAAGUCAACGGCGCAAAAGCAUUCACAACCAUCCUCAAUGUCAUUUUUUGCGGAUUCGCCUUAGGUCAAGCCGCGCCUAGCUUAUCCGCGAUUGCCAAAGGCAGAGUUGCUGCUGCAAAUAUAUUCAGAAUGAUAGGGAACAACGAUCUUCAAAGUUCGAAAAGAUUAGACGAUGGAACAACAUUGCAAAAUGUAGCUGGGAGGAUUGAGUUUCACCAAGUGUCUUUCGCUUAUCCUUCGAGACCAAACAUGGUUUUUGAGAAUCUUAGUUUCACAGUAGGGUCAGGCGAGACUUUUGCGUUUGUCGGUCCAAGCGGUUCAGGGAAAAGCACAAUCAUAUCAAUGGUUCAACGGUUCUAUGAACCCAAAUCAGGGGAGAUUCUUUUGGAUGGGAAGGACAUCAAGAGCUUGAAGUUGAAAUGGUUGAGGGAACAGAUGGGUUUAGUGAGUCAAGAACCGGCCUUAUUCGCCACGACCAUAGCUUCCAAUAUUCUUCUCGGUAAAGAGAACGCAAAUAUGGAUCAGAUCAUAGAAGCUGCUCAAGCAGCAAACGCAGAUACUUUCAUCAAAUCACUACCUGAUGGUUAUGAUACUCAGGUUGGAGAAGGAGGAACUCAGCUCUCAGGAGGGCAGAAACAGAGGAUUGCGAUUGCUCGAGCGGUUUUAAGAAAUCCAAAGAUAUUACUCUUAGAUGAAGCAACAAGCGCACUUGAUGCCGAAUCAGAGAAGAUUGUUCAGCAAGCACUUGACAAUGUCAUGGAAAAAAGAACAACAAUCGUCGUUGCACACAGAUUAUCCACCAUCAGAAACGCUGACAAGAUUGUUGUAUUGAGAAAUGGUCAGGUCAUGGAAACUGGUAGCCACUCAGAACUGAUAUCAAGAGGAGGUGACUACGCGACUCUUGUGAAUUGCCAAGAGACAGAGCCUCAAGAAAACCCGAGAUCAGUUAUGUCGGAAACCUGUAAAUCUCAAGCUGGAUCUUCUAGUUCAAGAAGGGUUUCUAGCUCAAGAAGGACUUCAAGCUUCAGGGAAGACCAAGAGAAGACUGAAAAAGAUUCAAAUGGCGAAGAUUUAAGCUCAUCUUCGAUGAUAUGGGAACUUAUAAAGAUGAAUGCUCCAGAGUGGCCUUAUGCAUUACUUGGCUCAAUUGGUGCAGUUCUUGCAGGAGCAGAAAGUCCAUUGUUCUCCAUGGGGAUUGCUUAUGUCUUAAACGCGUUUUAUUCGCCUUUUCCUAAUGUGAUGAAGCACGAAGUUGAAAAGGUAGCUAUUAUCUUCGCUGUAGCUGGACUUGCAACAGCUCCUAUAUAUCUCCUCCAACAUUACUUUUAUACAGUUAUGGGAGAGCGUCUUACUUCUCGGGUUCGCUUAUCUUUGUUCUCAGUUACGGCAUUAGCAAUUGCCUUUUACUACAGUUGGCGUGUUGCAGCCGUCGUAACUGCUUGUUUCCCUCUUCUCAUUGCCGCUGCACUCACCGAGCAACUGUUUCUAAAAGGCUUUGGAGGAGAUUACACAAGGGCUUACUCUAGAGCAACGUCAGUGGCUCGUGAAGCGAUUGGGAAUAUAAGAACCGUCGCUGCGUUUGGUGCUGAGAAUCAGAUAUCGGAGCAGUUUGCUUGUGAGCUAAGCAAACCCACCAAGAAUGCCUUUCUCAGAGGUCAUAUCUCUGGAUUUGGAUAUGGUUUUUCUCAGUUUCUCGCGUUCUGUUCCUACGCUCUAGGUCUCUGGUACGUCUCGGUAUUGAUUAAGCACAAGGAGACGAAUUUCGCGGAUAGUAUCAAAGCUUUCAUGGUGUUGAUCAUUACGGCUUUCUCGGUAUCGGAGACGCUUGCUUUGACACCAGAUAUCGUAAAGGGCACGCAAGCACUCGGGUCGGUUUUUAGGGUUUUACAUAGAGAGACUGAGAUGCCUCCAGACCAGCCUAACUCAAGACUGAUCACUCAGAUCAAAGGAGAUAUAGAGUUUAGAAACGUCACCUUUGCGUAUCCGGCUAGACCUGAUAUCGCCAUUUUCCAAAACCUAAACCUCCGAGUUUCAGCCGGGAAGAGUCUUGCGGUCGUGGGACCCAGUGGUUCAGGAAAGAGCACGGUGAUUGGACUGAUCAUGAGAUUCUACGAUGCCAAAAAGGGAAAUAUCUUCAUCGAUGGGGAAUGCAUAAAAACCCUAAACCUGCGUAGCUUGCGCAAGAAGCUAGCGUUAGUUCAGCAAGAACCAGCUCUGUUUUCAACAACCAUACAUGAUAACAUCAAGUACGGUAACGAGAACGCGUCGGAGGCAGAGAUUAUCGAGUCCGCAAAAGCUGCGAACGCGCACGAGUUCAUAAGCAGGAUGGAAGAAGGGUACGAGACACACGUGGGUGAAAAGGGAGUGCAGUUAUCAGGUGGUCAGAAACAAAGAGUGGCUAUUGCGAGGGCGGUUCUGAAGGAUCCUUCGGUGCUUCUCCUUGAUGAGGCAACGAGUGCUUUAGACACAAGCUCUGAGAAACUGGUCCAAGAGGCGUUGGACAAGCUGAUGAAAGGACGAACCACGGUGUUAGUGGCUCAUAGGCUCUCGACCAUAAGAAAGGCAGACACCAUCGCUGUUUUGCACAAAGGAAGAAUUGUGGAGAAAGGAAGUCAUAGAGAGCUUGUUUCCAUAUCUGAUGGUUUUUAUAAGCAGUUGACAAGUCUUCAAGAAGUGGCGUGACUUAUGAUCGUUGAUGUUUCUUUUACCUUUUUUUAACAUUAAGGAAAAAUAAAGUAAUAGAGGAUGUUCGGCUCUUUAAAAUGGGCUUGCUUAUGUUAAAAAUAGAUGUUAUGUUUUUGGAUUUGCCAUAUAUUUAGUAACUAAGCGCACAUUUUUGGAUGAUAAAUUUGAGCUCAGUAUUCAAAUGUAAUAA